CAGACGCGGAUCCCGGCGUCUGCUGCAGCUGCGGCUGCUGCCGAGCAAAGACCGCUGUGGCCCCGGAGGGGGGACCGCGUGACCCGCAGAACCAAGGCCCUGCCGCUCUGGAGAGAAGGCGGCGGCGGUUUAAAAUUUCUUUGAUCGUGUUUGAGUAAGUCACUUGGAGAGAGCCCGUAGCUCCAUUGCACCAUGUGUGGCAUUUGGGCCCUCUUUGGCAGUGACGACUGCCUUUCUGUUCAGUGUCUGAGUGCUAUGAAGAUUGCACACAGAGGUCCAGAUGCAUUUCGUUUUGAGAAUGUCAAUGGAUAUACCAACUGCUGCUUUGGAUUUCACCGGUUGGCAGUGGUUGACCAGCUGUUUGGAAUGCAGCCAAUUCGAGUGAAGAAAUAUCCUUACUUGUGGCUGUGUUACAACGGUGAAAUCUACAACCACAAGAAGCUGCAACACCAUUUUGAAUUUGAAUACCAGACCAAAGUGGAUGGUGAGAUAAUCCUUCAUCUUUAUGACAAAGGAGGAAUUGAGCAAACAGUUUGUAUGUUGGAUGGGGUAUUUGCAUUUAUUUUACUGGAUACUGCCAAUAAGAAAGUAUUCUUGGGCAGAGAUACCUAUGGAGUCAGACCUUUGUUUAAAGCCGUGACAGAAGAUGGAUUUUUGGCCGUGUGUUCAGAAGCUAAAGGUCUCAUUAACUUGAAGCACUCCAUGACUCCUUUUUUAAAAGUGGAGCCUUUUCUCCCAGGACACUAUGAAGUUUUGGAUUUAAAGCCAAAUGGCAAAGUAGCAUCGGUGGAAAUGGUUAAAUAUCAUCACUGUAGAGAUGAGCCUCUGCAUGCCCUGUAUGACAGCGUGGAGAAACUCUUCCCGGGUUUUGAGAUAGAAACUGUGAAGAACAACCUCCGAAUCCUUUUUGACAAUGCCAUUAAGAAACGUUUGAUGACGGACAGAAGGAUUGGCUGCCUUUUAUCAGGUGGCUUGGAUUCCAGUUUGGUUGCUGCCAUCCUGUUGAAGCAGCUAAAAGAGGCCCAGGUACAGUAUCCUCUCCAGACAUUUGCGAUUGGCAUGGAAGACAGUCCCGAUUUACUAGCUGCUAGAAAGGUGGCAAAUCAUAUUGGGAGCGAACACCAUGAAGUCCUCUUUAACUCUGAGGAAGGCAUUCAGGUCCUGGAUGAAGUCAUAUUUUCCUUGGAAACUUACGAUAUUACAACAGUCCGUGCUUCAGUAGGUAUGUACUUAAUUUCAAAGUACAUUCGGAAGAACACGGAUAGCGUAGUGAUCUUCUCUGGAGAGGGUUCAGAUGAACUUACACAGGGUUACAUAUAUUUUCACAAGGCUCCUUCCCCUGAGAAGGCCGAGGAGGAGAGUGAGCGGCUUCUGAAGGAACUGUAUUUGUUUGAUGUUCUCCGAGCAGAUCGAACUACUGCUGCCCACGGCCUUGAACUGAGAGUCCCCUUCCUGGAUCAUCGAUUUUCUUCCUAUUACUUGUCUCUGCCACCAGAUAUGAGAAUCCCCAAGAAUGGGAUAGAAAAACAUCUUCUGAGAGAGACAUUUGAGGACUCCAAUCUGAUACCUAAAGAGAUUCUCUGGCGACCAAAAGAAGCCUUCAGUGAUGGAAUAACCUCAGUUAAGAAUUCCUGGUUUAGGAUUUUACAGGAAUACAUUGACCAUCAGGUUGAUGAUGCGGUGAUGGCAAGCGCAGCCCAAAAAUUUGCCGUCAAUACUCCCAAAACGAAAGAAGCCUAUUACUACCGUCAGAUCUUUGAACGCCACUACCCGGGCCGCGCCGACUGGCUGCCUCAUUACUGGAUGCCCAGGUGGACUAGUGCCACUGACCCUUCCGCCCGCACUCUGAGCCACUACAAGGCCGCUGCCAAAGCUUAGGUACUCCCCGAGCCGUGGAGUGAAAGUAAACACUUCUCAUUGUGAAGGGUAGGGGGCUUGGGGGCAGGGAGGGUCAACUGCCCAGGCUUGCUUGGGUGUGAAAAAAUAAAAGUCUUAAAUCUAAAACA